AUGGCCGACAGCAGUGGCUCUUCGUCUUUUUCUCCAGUGACGCCAGGUCCGCAGUCAUCCAUCGCUGAAUUAGUCUCUGGAUUAUUGGAAAACCCUCAUUUUCAAGACGUGCUCGAAAAAACGACUAGAAGAACGCAUCGAAGCCCUUCCCUACAAGCAAACCAACCGGCAACAGGGAGCACGACAUCACGGCCUGUGUUUCAGACGCCUGUGGAAGAAUUUCGGUCUCUUUUUAGGGCCGGAACCUCAUCAUCACAGGGCCAGAAUACUUCAAUGCCUAGAUUUAGGCGUUUCUAUCGACGACCAAGAGGACGAGCCUAUGCGAGCCGGACACGAUCUCACACCACAACGUCUGCAACAUUGACAAAUGCGAGUGCAAGAGUUGACAAGCAGACACCGUUCUGCAGGGAGGUUGUACUGCUUAACAGACCACAUGAUCAAACCGUACUUAGGGGAAGUCGCAAAGCAAGUUUACACUGGACUGGAAAUGUCCUGAGUGCCUUCCAAUUCAGCAGAGGCUGGUCGGCUGAAGAAGUUUACAGUAAUCUUGAGGGCGCCUUUCCUCAAGUGGUCAACAUUCAAGAGGAGCCCAAGUAAGUCAUUGAAUCAUAUACAGUAUUUUACUUCUAACAACUAAUCGAGUUUUCUUUUAGCUGGGUGUCAAAAUCUUGAUCAUCAUAGAAUAAUUUUGUCGACUGUCAUCUUUAAUAAAUUAUUGAUGUAUUAUUUUUAUAUAAACUGAACUCUCAUUUUUCAUAAUUAGGAGAAAAGUGCAUUUCCGCAUCUAGUGGAGUUUGAACAUUGCACACAGUAGCUUCCGUAACAUGGUAGUUGUAAAUAUUUCCAACUUUGGUUAAGGAGGUAUAUAUGUUAUUUGCAGGCUGGGAGGUCUGUAUGGGGGUGCUUAAGGGGGGUACGAACACUGCAAAACCGCACAGAAUAACAUGGAAAACCGCAAACUGCAUUAAAAUUACCCAAAAAUUUCUAAAUACCACAAACCGCUUAAAAUAAAAACUUCCACAAAACCACACCAAAAAUUGAGCAAAACCGCAUCACUGCAAACCCUUAUGCCCCCCUUGUAUAGCGAAAAACCUGUACCCGAAAUCUUGAAAAUGCUAAAAACGGCAGGCUGACAGCAGCUUUUUCAAGACCUCAGUCACAGUUUUUUGCUGUACCGACCAACCCAUUAAUUUUUUUAAUUAAUUUUUUCACCUCUCUCUCUCUCUCUCUGAAAUCACUUUGUAAUAAUUGUUGACUUGCUUAGCGCUUGAUAGCGAAUGCAGUAAGCGCCUUUCAAAGUGAAUGUUUCAAAGAGAAAUAUCUUUAUUUGACUGUGUUUCCAAGCCACUUAUCUAAUAAAAAUCUGUUUUGAAACUAACUUUUGUAGUUAAACGGAUCAAUGUAAAAAGAUGGAAAUUCAAGGUCAAGGACAAAAACUCUCAGAGUGUUCCCAUGCCCUUGGAAAAGAUAAAAUCUGGACCGCGCAAAGAAGCAAUGAGAUUGCAACAUUCGAUAUCGUGUCCUCUUAAAAAAAUAAACAAGAAUAUUCUUUUUCAGUAUUUUUAUUUAUUCAAGGAAUACUUAAUAAUGCUCACAACAAGUAUUAUUGUUAUUAUUAUUAUUAUUAUUAUUAUUAUUACAAAUGGGUUGGUUAUAUUUGAAUGCAAGAUAAAUUCAGAUUUUGCAUCAUCAACUGCAAUACCUGGAGAUGGCUGAUAAUUUACAUGUACUUGUCCUGUCUUUAUGUUUAGGUUCACGGUGAUGUUGGGAGUCGGUAGUGAUCUGGUUGAACCACAGUUGGCAACUGGUCAGCACUUAAAUGGUGAACUUCUAAGUAAAAUAUUUUGUCAAAAGACCAUCUGGCUUGUACCAAAAGAAAAAUUGAGUUUUGAUGAUCAAAAAGAAGAGGUAAAAAUAUCCCAUUUGUAAUGUACAUGUAUGUAUUUCUUUAUUUGACAGACUCACCACCAACAAGGAGUUCUCAAGUCGAAUGUAAACUUGGUUGGGUUUCAAAAACCAAAAAUAACUUUAAUGGAAGGGACUAGUUGAUGAGUAAAAUUGUGUGGUGUUAGACAGAGUAAAAUCUGUCAAGUCUCACUCCCAGGAGUCAAUGGAUUAAGGACUACAGGAUAAUAUCCUUUGUAGUGAAAUUUAAGUUGAAAGUGUAUGGACCACAACAAGUAGUUUAACUUCUCAAAAUGCUUUUUGGAGCUGGAGGGUAUUUUUGUAGUAGUGAAACAUGUCUCCCUUUAUGAUACCUUCAUGCUUCAUGACAGUGACACUGUUUGUGAAUUAUUGGCCAUAACAAGUACACUUGAUGACUAAAUAGAUGAAAUCAAAGUGUGUGUUCUGAUGUAAUGCCAGAGUGCUAGUAUCAAUACUAUUCAUACAAAUAUUUUUUCUUAAAUAUUUUUAGCAUGUUCAGGAUAACUUGUCAGCCCUUCUGGAUGAACCCACUUAUAUAUCCUCAACAAUGCAAGCACAAAAUACUUGUAGAUUGGAAUCUACCACUGGACCCUGUGUUGAAACCCAACCUUCUUGUGAUUCACAAAUUAACUCUGUGCCUUGUGAACUGGAUGUCCAUCCUACUUGUAACUCACAAACUACCUCUGCCCAUAGGGUAAUGGUAGACCAGCCCGCUUUUGAAUCAGGUAACCCCCAAAAAUAACAGCUAGUAAACUUAUUUGUUUAGUCUCAGUGCUCAGUUUGAAAGCAUCGUUCUCAUUUAUUGCUGACAAUGCUGAUAUGUAGAGUACUACUUGCAGAGUAUUAUUAUCAUUGACGACUGUGAUGAUAAAUGAUUUUGAUAGCCUUAGCUAUGUGCCACAGGGUACUCUUACAUAUUACUACCAGUUUCUCAUUCAUUACUACUCUGUAUAUGUACUUCAUUGAGUUAUUGUCCCCAACUUAUUUGACAGAUGCCCUGGGGAACCUCACGGCAAUUUUUCCAGCAAAGAGUGAACUUUAUUUGGCUGAGAAACUGCAGUGUUCAAAUGGUGAUUUACAACACACUGUCCCGUCCAUUCUUCAUGAACAAGAUUUGUAACAAACAAGUUGUCAUCAUCUUAUAAGCACAGUGCUGAAUUCCUUCAUGAUCAUGAACAAGUGCAUUGCCAGAGAAGAAAUCUUUCCAAUGCAGCAAUGGCUGGGGCUAAAAUAACUGUUUUGUAGUUUUAGGUAUCAGGAAUAUCCAUACCUACCUCAGAUUGUUUUGGUUUCUUCUGGGGGCAGAGGUGGGAGGGAUGGCAAAAACCAAAUUGUAUGAAGCUAAAUGAACUGAAUCUGCUGAAAGGUGAAGGUUUGAGGCAGGAGGGUCUCAAAGGGAAAAAACUUUCAUAGGGGAGAUAUGAUUUAUGAAUGUUCUCUGCAUCCACACAUGGCUCCUGCUGGACAUUUAAGUUCUAGCUGGAGUGAUGGAUGCAAUUUUGAACAUUAUUUUGAUUGUAGCAAGCAUUGACACUUUUGUUUCUUCUGUUUAAAGUGUCAAAGUUGUGUUUGUGAUGGUGCUUGUGAGCACUGUGACAAACAGAAUAGUGCCUUUGUCUUUGCACAAAGAAGCUACACUUAAUAUAACACAAGGCAACUUUAUUUCUUCUAGAUCCUGGUGACACCCAAGAUGCGUUUGAGUUGCCAUUGCGUACAGUGAGAGAACCACCUGAUAAAAGCCUUGCUAGAUAUCAAGCAAAAAUGGUCAGCCACAGUCCAAGACAGUACAACGAUCUUCCAACAAUAUUAUAA